AUGAACGCCAGUGAUGCUGCUGCCGUCUUCAGUUCCGUCCAGCUGCGUUACCUCUCGACCACAGCACCCCUGUACUAUACCCCCAGGCCCGCCAUCUUCUCCUGGCUGCCAGACCAUUAUCUCUCUCUCGCGGCCCCUGUCGUUGUUUAUUGGAUCUCGUCUCUCUUCUUCCACUGCCUUGAUAUCUCCGGCUGGAAAUAUCUUGAAAAGUACCGCAUCCAUGAGUCCGCCGAAGUCAAGGCAAAAAAUCUUGUCACUCGUACUCAGGUCAUUCUUGCCGUCAUCCUCCAGCACAUCAUUCAAACUGCCAUGGGAUACUUUUGGAUGGAGGAGAAAGCGUCAGGUGCUGGCGUAGACCACCUCGGUGCAAUGGCGAACCUAGCUUCAUCGCUGUUGCAUGCAUUGCAGUGGGUAUUUGGUGAGACGACAGGUGGUAGAAUCCUGGAGACGCAAGGCGCUGUGUCGAUCUACACCUUAUAUUGGUGGACAAUCCCGGCAGUGAGGUUCCUCUUUGCCAUGUUCAUAAUUGAUACUUGGCAGUAUUUCCUCCAUCGCACGAUGCAUAUGAACACCUUCCUCUAUAAGCGGUUCCAUUCGGUUCAUCACAGACUUUAUGUCCCAUAUGCCUUCGGGGCGCUCUAUAACCACCCCCUCGAGGGUUUCCUUCUCGACACCCUCGGCGCCGUCUUUGCCGAAUCGUUGGCAGGAAUGUCAACGAGAGAGGCAAUAUUGCUGUUCUGCGUGUCGACGUUGAAGACCGUGGACGACCAUUGCGGGUAUAGCCUACCCUGGGACGUGCUUCAAUUCUUCAGCAGUAAUACUGCGGACUACCAUGAUAUUCACCAUCAAAUCAUUGGUAUAAAGUCCAACUUCGCGCAGCCGUUCUUCAUCCAUUGGGAUGUUCUCCUUGGUACACGCAUGACGCGGAAGGACAUGGAGCUGCGCCGCCAGAAGCAGAAGAAAGCUCAAUAA